AUGCGCGCGAACAUCAUCAUCCUGGCAGGGAGUGCCGCUGCCCUCACGGACAUCGAGCACAAGCCCUUCAUGCGCAAGAACAUCGAUCCGAUCGUAUACCCGGGGAAAUACAUAUCGCACAUGCACUCAUUUUACGGCUCCGAUACGCUAACCAAGGAUCUGCCAACCACAGCUGAGCUUCAGAAGGGCUGCCCGUCCGGGGAAAACCCCAACGAUAUGUCUGUAUACUGGGCGCCGACACUGUACUAUGUGAACGGUAACAACUACACGGAAAUCUACCCUGCUACGUUCAAGACCUACUAUGAACAGAUUGAUCAUGCGGAGAUCCCAUUCCCGACGGACUUCCAUGCCGUGGCUGGGAAUGCGUCCGCCACGAGCCAAGCGGACAUUGACGAAAAAGUCACUGCUAUCACAUGGUGGUGCGACGGCAACGGGCCCGAGGAUCGCAACACCCGGCCUCGCGCUGCCUUCCCACGGUCAACUUGUAGCGCACACUUGCAAACCAUCGUUCGAUUUCCCGAUUGCGUCGACCCCAAUAAGAUCACCGACUACACAUACGCUGCGCUCCACGGCGGAAGAUGCCCUAGCAAUAUGAAGCGGCUGCCUUCAUUGCGCUUUUCGGUCAGAUAUGACACACGCAGAGCGAUCCCACAAGGAUGGAAGGGUGUCCCACCCAUCAAACUUGCUUGCGGAGAGAUUGGCGACGGCUACUGCUUCCAUGGUGACUUUAUCAACGGCUGGUUUGAGGACGCAGGCAAGACCCUAUUGAAGGCAAAGGGCCAAGGUUUCAUGCGAAUUGAUGGAGCACAUGGUAGUGGAAAGGUCCCGUUCGGCAGCACCGGGUGCAAGACCAGGGAUCGGGACCCGGAGAAUGGCACGGACGACUACCACAAGAGUCUGGAGAUGAUGAAUGGUCAGAUGAAGUGA